AUGGGGUUAUAUCCCGGUAAUCGUCCGGCGAGCGGUGCGAACGGAUUCACCAAUCAACCAGGUCUUUGGUCAGGUUCGACUUUCGCCUCGCCGGCAAAUGGGGCGUACGCAUAUGGUCGUCCUGGUACGGAUCAAAAAGCUGCGAUGGCAUUUGGGAAGGAUUAUGGUUAUCCGAAUGUUUCAAAUAUUCAGAACGUUCAGAACGGUGGUCAGAAUUCACAUCCGACAUUGGCACCGGCGCAGGGUCAGGGGUAUCCGAGAGGAUUUCCAAACUACGGUUAUGGAUAUUCCUCUCAAGCCACCGCUCAGACUCAAGGUGGGAUAGGAAGGUUCAGUGUUCAGACUACACCGGGACAUGGUGAGAACCCUUCUGGGACAGGCGCGGGGAUGGUGAACGGUACUUCUGGCAUAGAUUACAUGUAUGGUUCGGUGGAUAAUACUGGUGGGUAUUAUGGAGGUGUACAAUAUCAAACUCAACAGACACAAGGACAAGGGCAAUAUGUCACUUCGCCCGUGAGAGCGCAAGCGGGGAGAGGUGCGCCAACAAGGAAGAUGUGGUGA